AUGGCAAAGCAAAAUUAUUCCAUAAUAGCUGAGUUUGUCCUCGAGGGAUUGACAGACAAGCCAGACCUGCAGCUACUGCUUUUUCUCCUGUUCCAAGGGAUCUAUGUGGUCACUGUAGUGGGGAACAUGGGGAUGAUCCUCCUCAUCAUGUUCAGUUCCAAGCUGCAAUCACCCAUGUACUUUUUCCUCAGUAAUUUGUCAUCCCUAGAUCUCUUUUACUCCUCAGUUGUUACACCCAAACUCCUGGGAAAUUUUUUGUGGGAGCAAAAUGUUAUUUCUUACCCUGGAUGUAUGACUCAAUUUUUUUUCUUUUGUGCUUUUGCUAUUGCAGAGUGCUACAUGCUGACAGCCAUGGCAUAUGACAGAUAUGUAGCUAUAUGUAAUCCAUUGCUCUACAAAGUUACCAUGUCCCAAAAGGUCUGUAAUGCUCUGGUGACUGGUGUCUAUAUCAUAGCUUCCUCAGGAGCUAUUGUUCACACUGUCUUCCUGACCAGGCUGUCUUUCUGUGAUGACAAUCUCAUCCACCAUUACUUCUGUGACAUAAUGCCUCUCUUAAAGCUCUCAUGCUCCAGUACUUACAUCAAUGAACUACUGGUGAUACUCAUAGGUGGAUUCAAUGUGAUAGCAACAACUGUGCCCAUCAUCAUCUCUUAUGCCUUUAUACUUUCUAACAUACUUCGAAUGCCCUCAGCUGAAGGCAGGUCCAAAGCCUUUGGUACCUGUGGCUCUCAUCUUACCGCUGUUGGGAUUUUUUAUGGAUCCAUCACAUUCAUGUAUUUUAAGCCAGAAUCAAGUAGCAACAUGGCCCAGGAGAAAGUGGCUUCUGUGUUCUAUACCACAGUGAUCCCUAUGCUGAACCCCUUGAUAUACAGUUUGAGGAAUAAGGAUGUAAAAAAUGUGCUCAGGAAAGUCAUGGGUACAAUUAUGGGGCACCUCCGGUUAGUAGUCAGAAUCACUAAACGUCAUGGUGCUGUGGAAUAA